UUGUAUAUUUUUGCUCUGUUUUUUCCUCCCCUGUUUGCUAUCACGAUGGAGUUGUGGGAACAAAAGAUGACAAGCUGCACGCCAGUCCUCCCUCUGUGCUGACAGCAGGAAGGUUCCAUUUGCAGCAAAUCCAACCGAUUCCUCUGCACAACCAUUCUUCCCCCGCGCAUUCGCUACCGCACCAAGGUUUUCCCACCCACCGUUUACAGCACCUUUCAAACUUUUUUGUGUUAUCCUAACGUAAUUGUUAAAAAAGGCGAACAAUUACGUUAGGAUAACACAAAUGUCGGCAUAAUGUCCCAAACAGAGGUCGGACAAGAUGUUUCUAUGUCAUGAGCUGUGUGUGUGACCCACAACUUUAAGAAAUUUCUUUAUCUUCGAGCACAGGCAUGCCGUGACAUACGCGUCAUAGAACAUGCUUCAUAUGUAUGUUACUUGGAACUUGAGUACGUCCGAAAGGGCCAUUUUGGGAUUUAAUUACAAUGGUCAAACUGAAGUGUGUGGUUCAAAGCUUCCCGGAAAUGAGACCCUUUUUAUGCUUUAUUAAUUCUUCAGAAUCCUAAACGUUCACUAUAACUGCAAUUUCACUACAUUGGUCAAAAUCAAGUGUGUGGUUCAGAGCUUCCCGGAACUGAGACCCUUCUUAUGCUUUAUUUAUUCUUCAGAAUCCUAAACGUUCACUCUAAUUGCCGUUGUCCGGUCUAAGGGGGUUUUAGAGUUCACAGACAUUAAACAUGAGAACUGAAGUGGGAGUCCGACGGCAUCAGGGAGCUCCUCAAGGUUGUACGGAGGAAGAAAUUGAAGAGAUUGAAGAAGUUAUCCUUCAAGAGAGUAAUCCUCCUCAGGAGGAAAUUUAUGUGGCCGUUGGAAAAGACGUCUGCGAGAGCGUCAGUGCUGUCAAAUGGGCGCUGCAAAACUUGAGUAAUAGAGAAGAAACCCUAAUAAUUCUUCUUCAUAUUCAGCUUCCACUUCGCAGCAUACCAACACCCAUGGGCAAACUUCCGGUGAACCAAGUAAGCGAGGAUGUCGUGGCCGCCCACCUCAGGGAGAAAAAGGAGGAGCUCAACAGUCGCAUGCAAAAAUAUUUGGAUAUUUGCACAAAAGCCCAGGUCAAAGCAGAGAUUUUGUUUGUUGAGAAAGAUGAUGUUGCCAAAGGAAUUGUUGAAGUGGUCUCAGAGAAGGGCGUCGAGAAGCUUAUCAUGGGAACAACUUCAGCCGGUGGUGCUAUAUCUAGGAGGAUGAGGAUGAGAACUCGAGGCAAAGCGGAUUAUGUAAGAAGGCACGCCAUCGAGUCCUGCGACGUCUGGAUUGUGUGUAAAGAAAAGCUGGUAUUACACAAGGAAAGCUCUCCAGUAGAUGAUGUAGCCCAGAAAUGUAAGAGAUUCAGAACUCCUUCGUCUGAUUUGCUGAGAGAACGGUCGGAACCGUGUACAGUUGAGCCUUCUUCGGAAAUCUGUCACAGAUCGGCUUCAGCACCGCCAAACUUCGGUGGGGAUCUGCAAAUCUGCAAGAGAGAUAGUACGUCUACUUGGUCCGAAGAAGUGAACGACUCAAAAAGAACGUUCACGAUCGAUAAAGAUUCCUCUCGUUCGGAAUCAGUAGAUCUCCAUUUUGAUGAAGUAUACGCUUAUGACACUGUUCAGCCUCAACCCCAAGGAGGAAACCAGGAUGCACUUGCGGAUGUUGAAACCUUGAAAGAGCAGCUCAGGCAGGCUUUGAAAGUGGCUGAGAAUGCCAGAGUAGAAUCGCAAAAGGAGACCGCCAAACGCAAAAAGGCAGAAGCGGCUGCGGUUAAAGCGAGCUACAGAAUUAAAGAGCUUGAAUCCAUCUAUAAAGAAACAAUGAAAGAGAAAGAAGAGGCGACCUCGUCCUUAAGGCUUGCCAAAGAGAAAUGCCAAGAAUUUAGCAGGCGACAAACCGAGGUUGAAGAAACUCUUCAGUCAAUGGCUGAUAAGAUAAAUCAAAUCUCAUGUGAAAGAAAAGAAGCUAUUUUUAAGCUCCAGGCAGAACGGCAAAAGCUUGCAGCGACGGUAGAACAAAAUCACCGCAUUUUGCAGGAGAAAGAAGCUCAAAUUAAAUUUCUUCAAGAUUGCUUGAAUUCGAGGCCGCCUCUCCAAACCCUGCCCUCGUCCUCGUCCUCUUCUCAAAAUCUUGAUUUCAGCGAGUACACCUUUGACGAAAUCAAAGAAGCGACAUCUAAUUUCUCGGAGCAUUUCAAAAUUGGUCAAGGAGGCUAUGGCAUCGUUUACAAGGGCGAAACAAGGCAAACAACCAUCGCAGUCAAAAUUCUCAGGGAAAACAGUUUACAGGGCCGGCGGGAGUUCGAACGCGAGAUCGACAUUUUAAGAGAAGCACGGCAUCCACAUUUGGUCAGGGUUGUGGGAGCCUGUUUCGAGCAAGGUUGUGUAAUCUAUGAAUAUAUGUCCAAUGGAUCCCUAGCAGAAUAUCUGAGCUCCUCAGAAGCCCGGCGGCCUCUCCCUUGGCAAGCUAGAAUUCGCAUCGCCGCCGAAAUUUGCUCUGCUUUACAAUAUCUGCACAGUUUCAAGCCAGAUCCCAUCGUCCACCGCGAUCUUAAGCCCGAAAAUAUACUCCUUGACGAAAAUUAUGUAAGCAAAAUAAGCGACUUCGGCCUGGCUCGUCCUCUGCCGCUUGAUUCGCAAUCUGAAUCGGAGCCAAAAGGCACAUUUUGUUACAUGGAUCCAGAAUACCUUACAAGCGGUAAAUAUUCUACCAAAUCCGAUGUUUACAGCCUGGGAAUUAUCAUUCUUCAGCUGCUAACGGGGAAACCAGCUCUGCGACUGAUACAAGAGGUCAAACGAGCUCGAGAUUGUGCAAAAUUGGAGCAGAUCUUGGAUCCUUCAGCCGGUGAUUGGCCAUUUGCGCAGGCUUCUCAACUGUUUCAUCUUGCUUUGCAGUGGACAGAUCGGUUUAGGGAAAAGAGGCCCGAACUUCAACCGACUGUGAUGAAAAUGUUGAAUGAGCUACGAAGUUUCGCCGUCCCUGCAUCGAAUGCCAGCAGAUCCGUUGAACGCGGUCAAAAGGGAGUUCAAAAAGCUGACGAAAUACAUGUUCCUGGUUUCUUCCUCUGUCCAAUAUUUAAGGAGAUUAUGCGGGAUCCUUACGUUGCUACAGAUGGCUUUACAUAUGAAAAGGAGGCGAUACAAGGAUGGUUUGAUCGCGGAAAAGAUACAUCACCCAUGACCAACAAGAAACUUGGGGAGAAGAAUUUGAUCCCAAACAUUUCUCUUCGAUCAACCAUUCGACAGUGGGAAGAAAGAGGACACCUUUACUAAAUCAACUGUAUCUUGGCAUAUGGUUUGCACUGUGAGUAAUGUCCAUAGUUUCAAAACAUUUCUAUUUUGUUCGACUGUAAUAAUACCACUGUAAAAAAUUUGUAAAUAGAUAUUGAAAAUAAAUUGCGUUUAUA